AUGAAAAGGAUGCAUUAAUAUUUUAUGAAGAUUAAUUUUAAUUACAUUUUUUUAUUAGAAGUAAAUUUUGUUUCUAUCCUUAAACUUAAAAAUAUUAUAAGAAUGAAAUAGAUGAUAAAUUAAACUUGGAGUUUAUAUAUUGGGCAAAUUCCAUUUUCAAAUUAGAAAUGGAUAUGUGUUUGGAAUGCUAUCCAAAUAAUUAUUAAGCAUUAAUUCAACAAUUAAAAAUGA